GAAAUGUAUAAAAAAGUAACAUGCACAUUGUCGCACUUAAAAUGCAUUUUUAACUGGUUCGACUUAUGAAAUACAUUUUUGCUUGCCAAUACACAGAGUGUAUAAAUACGGGAAGAAUCUGCAAAGAAACUGAACGUUGAUAAGACUCCAGAAUAAAAUAGCUUUCCGCAGAAACUCGGACCGAUCAGUUCGGUGGUGAUCAUCGCGCAGAGCGGACGUAAAUCAGCAAACCCCCUGAAAGCGAUUCAGCAGUGUCAGUUUGUGUCUUGAAGAAGAAAGAAAGAGUGCGCGUUCGGAAGAAGGCAGCAUGAUGAUGCCGCCAGCGAGGAGCAGCAUGUGGAUCUUUCCGUUCCUACUGUGCUGUGGAUUGCUAAUCGAGCUUACCCAGAGUCAAGGAUUGUCCAUAAUCGGUCCAAAGAAAAUUCGGCCGAACAGUAACUACACGAUAGUAUUAAGCAACACUCUCAACCGGAAUGUACGGCUGCAAGCAGUUCUCGAGAAAGUCGGAGAACCCAAAGAAUUACGCUCAAACAAACCCUUGACACUCAGCAGACGAACUGUUAAACAAGUCGAAUUUAAUGUUGGAAGCAUCUCGAAAGGUGACUACGAGGUGAUCAUUAAGAGCAUGGAGAAUAGCUUUAGUUUCGAGCAGCGUGUGGAACUUGAAUAUGAGCCUAAAACGAUGUCCGUUUUUCUUCAAACUGACAAACCGGUGUACAACCCGGGAGAUAUGUUGAAAUUUCGGGUCGUGGUAGUUGACGCCGACACUAGGCCUGUGACGAGUAUUAAAACAGUUGCUAUAUCAUUGGAUGAUUUCGAAGGAAUUUCCAUUAGAAAGUGGCCUUUUGCUAGAUUGUACAAUGGCGUGUUUGAAUCAGCUGUACAGUUAUCCUCCUCACCGCCGUUGGGAAAAUGGAAGUUGACAGUGAAGGCUACGAAUGAUACCAGUGUUACCAAUAUUAUAAACGUGAAGGAAUAUGUGUUGCCAAAAUUCUUCGUGAAAGCCUACCCUUCCAGAGUUCUGCUAGCAGCCGAGCAAAAGGUGUCUAUCACGGUGGAAACGGCUUACACAUUUGGUAAACCGGUUGAUGGAAGUGUCAGUCUAGAACUCUUUUUGGACGAUACUAUACGCAAACCGGACUUUACCAGAGUUGCCAGCAUAACGGGGCAAACCACCCUAGAUUUCGAUCUUGCUAGUGAAGUAGAUGUUGAUGGUGAGGAGUAUUUCAAAUACAUUACCGCGAAAGUUUCAGUUAUGGAAACAUUUACUAAUCGCUCAAUAAAUAUUACGGAGAAAAUUCCUAUCUAUCGAUUGCCAUAUACCGUAACCACUCUGCUGUCAUCACCGGCGUUCCGUCCUGGGGUCCCAUAUCCAGUGUCGUUGGUUGUGAAAGACCACCUUGGUAAACCUCCAAGCAUGGAUAAACCAUCGACGAUUGAGGUGAAAGCAGAGUUUGAGUUACCUGUCGACAGUGAGUUUCAAAAUUUGGAUGUCGAGCUUGAAGAGGGGGUAGCUAACUUCGUUCUAGAAGCACCUUCGAAUGCUCAGCUACUGAAAAUAACCGCUAUAUAUGACUCCGAAGAGUACGAUACACACAUUGACUUUAUACAUAGCUACCAGUCCCAGAGCCAGCAGUACCUUAAAGUCAAUAUCAACCCAAAGUACAAGGUUGCAGUGAAUAAAAUUGUUGAAUUUGAUAUUUCUUGCACGGAAACAAUGAACCACCUCUCGUACAUGGUAGAAUCACGAGGAAACGUUGUUUCGUCAUCGCAUGUGCCAAAUAUUAAUAAAAGGAGCUACAAAUUGAGAAUCAAAAUGCUGCCGGUGAUGUCGCCGGAGGCCACGCUCAUUGUGUUCUACACCAACAAGGAGUAUGUGAUAUUUGAUGACUGCGAACUGAAAUUUGAAGCGUUCAACAACGAUUUUAGAUUUACGCUGGACGAGGAGGAAUACACUCCUGGAAAAGACAUAUACAUCGGAGUAUACGCUGCCAAGGAUUCGUACGUUGCGUUCAGUUCGAUUGACCAGAGUGUGCUGCUGGUUGACAAUAAUCGCUAUGAUUUCAACAGAGACGAUGUGCUGAGGGAACUUGCCCUAUACGGGGCUACAGAUGAUUCCGAGUUUGAUUGGUUCCAUAAAAGGGGUCUAUUUUUGAGAUCUACUGCCACAGUCGACGCACCUGUGGCCCGUGGCAAUAUGAUUCGUUUUGGUGGUAUCGGAUCAAGCAACAAACAAAUCCGGAAUCCGAUCCACAUUCGCACUAUGUUCCAAGAAUCCUGGUUGUGGAUAAACGUUUCCAUGAACGGAAGACACGCUGAAAAAGAACUAAAAGAAUAUGCUCCGGAUUCAAUUACUACCUACCAAGUUUCAGGAUUUGCACUGAGCCCUACCUUAGGCCUCGGAGUAAUCAAGAAACCAAUAGAAUUCAUGGUGAGACAACCGUUCUAUCUGGUCGCAAAUCUGCCAUAUUCGAUCAAGCGCGGUGAGGUGGCUUUGAUUCAGGUAACCGUCUUCAACUUCCUCGGAAAUACUGUAACGACUGAUGUGACGCUGUUCAACAAGAAUGACGAGAUCGAGUUCGUUGAACAGUCUUCAAAAGACCCUGACCGUCGAUCGAAGGCCGUAAUCGUUCCGACCAACAAUGGAAAACCCGUAUCGUUUAUGGUCAGAGCCAAACAGCUAGGACAAAUCGCAAUCAAGUUCGAGGCAACAAGCUUGCUUGCUUCGGAUGCCAUUGAACAUAUGUUACGUGUUACUCCAGAAAGUCGCCUAUAUGAAGUAAACGAUCCCCGGUUUAUCGAAAAUACGAAUUUUGCGAAGAAAUCCUUUGAUUUCCUUUUGAAUAUACCUCGAGAGAUUGAUGAAGGUUCAGCUAGAAUCAAGUUUUCGUUGGAUCCCGACAUUCUGGGGACAGCUAUUGCAAAUUUGGACGAAUUGAUCCGAUUGCCAACCGGAUGCGGUGAGCAGAAUAUGUUGCACUUUGUGCCGAACAUCGUCGUGCUGGACUAUCUAUCUGAAACUAGGACUGCGGCAGAAGCUGUUAAAACCAAAGCGAUCAACUACCUCAGCAGUGGUUAUCAGAAUCAACUCAAAUACAAACGUUCGGAUGGUGCGUUUAGCGUCUGGGGUCAAUCACAUGCAGGUAGUACAUUUUUAACGGCAUUUGUGGCCAAAUCACUCAAGAUAGCCGCUAAGUAUAUCAACGUAGACAAUAGUGUCGUGAAUAGCGCAUUUGCGUGGCUAGCGAGUAAACAGAGUCCCGAUGGACGGUUCCCGGAAGUGGGGACCGUAUUUCAUGCCGAUAUGCAAGGAGGAUUGUGGAAAACAACAACAAGCUACGCUCUCACAUCGUAUGUAUUGAUUGCAUUUGGAGAAAAUCAAGAAGUGUACGCAAGGUAUCGAGCAGUUGCUCAAAAAACAGCGCAGUACUUAAUGGACAACCUUGCCAAUAUGGUCGAUGUGUAUGAUCUGUCACUGGCAACAUACGCUAUGUCCCUAAUCAAGCACCCGAACCGGCAAGAAUUUCUCGAUAAACUUAUAGAGAAUUCAAUUUUCGAUAAGAAUACUACCGAAAGAUAUUGGAACAGGAUACCUGUUAAUGUCGAAGUCGCUGGGUACGCUUUAUUAUCUUACAUUGAAAAUGACAUGUUCCUCGAUGCCACUCCGAUAAUGCGUUGGCUUAACAAGCAGCGAUAUGGUCGUGGUGGCUUCCCUGGGACGCAAGAUACAUUUGUCGGACUCAAAGCGUUAGGAAAAUUUGCGGCGAAAAUGUCAGGCAGUAGGAACGAUUAUCGAGUGACGUUAUACGACAAUAGGAGAAAAAUUCUCAAAAAAUUCGACAUCGAUAAUCGAAUGGCCAUGACCAUCCAAGAGGUGGACAUUGCGAGUGAUAUCCGAAAAUUGCACGUGGAAGUGGAUGGUAUUGGAAACGGUGUUUUCCAAAUAGCGUAUCAAUAUUAUCUAAACAUUCAGGUGGCAAAGCCCAGCUUUGAACUGGCAGUAGAGAUGCUCAACACAACUACGUACAACGUGCAGCAUUUGAACAUCUGUGUGAAAUACAAACCGAAGGAGGCUCAUCAGCUAUCAAAUAUGGCUCUGGUGGAGAUAUUUUUACCCAGUGGGCUCAUAGUCGAAGCGGAUGCUGUAAAGGACACAACCGGAGGAAUCAAGAAAAUCGAACGGCGAUACGCAGAUACUUCGGUUGUUGUCUACUACGAAAAUUUGGGCUCAAACAGCGAGUGCUUCCGUGUAACUGCUGUUCGUCGGUUCAAAAUUGCAUUACAUUUGCCAUCGUACAUCACUGUGUACGAUUACUAUCAUAGAGAUCGUUUUGCGAUUCAGAAGUACGAUGGAAAGGUACUGCAGCUGUGUGACAUUUGCGAAGACGAAGACUGUGAGACAUUGUCAUGCGGAUCGACACCCUAGAAUAUGAUGCGAAAUAAAAUGUUAAGAAAUGAAGUCAUGUAAUUUCUUUCACGUUAAAAGAUUAAAUCCAUGAUGAUCCCUAGCUUGUACAUGAAGAUUUCAUUUUUUCAAUCUCAGUUUGCAUAGCAGAAAAAUAUACAUAAUAUCUUCUGCGUGUGUUCCUUGUGUGAAGUAUUCCUAAAUAUACCAAGGUAGAUUCAAUGUCAUCCGAUGGUUGAACACUCUACGUAGUAACAGUUGGGGUACGCCCUGCUCAGCAUUAAUGAGACCCCCUCUACACUGCCUCACGGGCACUUUACAAAUAAGGAAGACCGAUUUUGAGAUGUUUUAAAUUUGUGUGAACCGUAGUCACUUUUCUACCCCCCCCCCUUACUUAAGUGUCUACGUAGUUUAGGAGCUUCAGUAAAGUGGGAGUGUUUAAGACACAACAACAAACUCCCACUUUAUUCAGUGUUUAAACAACAGGUCUCCUUCCAACGAUACGAUCCACAACUCAAAUAACGCAAUUCGCAAUACGCACUAAGCUUCCUUACAGGAUGGUUUGUUAAGAAGGACCCAUCAAUC